AUGCAACUGAUGCCUACACCAACGUUAGCUUCGACUGUGCAGGCCAGCGUCACGAAUGUGCAGCCCAGCACCGCGACUUUGCAUCCCCGAACUGUGACUGUGCAGCCCGGCACCACGACCAUGCAGUCCAGCACCGCAGGUACAGCUCUGCAGCCCAGCACCACGACUAUGCACCCUAGCACCUUGACUGUGCAGCCCAGCACCACGACUGUGCAGGCAAGCACCACGACUGUGCAGCCCAGUACCGCGACUGUGCAGGCAAGCACCACGACUGUGCAGCCCAGCACCGCACGUACAGCUCUGCAGCCCAGCACCACGACUAUGCACUCUAGCACCUUGACUGUGCAGCCCAGCCCAGCGACUUUGCAGCCCGGCACCCCAACUGUGCAGCCCAGCACCGCGACUGUGCAGUCCAGGUCCGCGACUGUGCAGCCCAGCACCGCACGCACAACUCUGCCGCCCAGCUCCGCGACUGUGCAGCCAAGCACCACGACUGUGCAGCCCAGCACCACGACUGUGCCGCCCAGCACCGCACGUACAACUCUACCGCCCAGCACCGCAACUGUGCAGGCAAGCACCACGACUGUGCAGCCCAGCACCGCACGUACAACUCUGCCGCCCUGCUCCACGACUGUGCAGCCCAGCACCAUGACUGUGCAGCCCAGGACCGCGACUCUACAGCCCAGCACCACGACUCUACAGCCCAGCACCGCACGUACAACUCUGCAGGGCAUCAACGCUGAGCUACCAUCCGUAAAUCACGGGCUGACGAUUGCAGUGAGUGACGAAGGUUGGGCUGGGACUGUGGAUUCGUUGACAGUGCAAAUCCUCUCUGACGUUUGCGAUGGCGUCUGUAUGUCGAUGACGGUGACCGGACUCACAGAACGUGGGGCAAAGUACAACCGAACCUUUUCGGGGGCCAACUUUGGUGAUCCUUCUGGGAUUCUGCUUACUACUUCUGGGGGCGAUUGGCUCAGUCUAGCCUGGAUCAACGUCUACAAUGGUUACACUGGGCGCUACUAUCGGUUUGCCUGCCCCAGUAACGGGUGCUGGAUGUCCACUGACUCCUCGGAGGUGAUGCCUACACCAACAUUAGCUUCGACCCACACAGCACGGCCCUGUACCCUAGGGUACCACCAGUGCGCACAUGGAAAUGCCUGCAUCCUGGCGUGGAAGCGGUGUGACGGGCUGACAGACUGUACAGACGGGAGUGACGAGGGAAGUUGUGUUUGCCUGUCAACUCCUGAGGAUCUCAACCUCGGCGGCAGACUUGCGAUGCUGCCGAAUCAGCUGGGCCAGACGACGUUCAAGGAGAUACUGAAUUCCUCUGCCGUGGACUUUCUCAGCAGUUCGAGCAGCAACACAGAGAACCGACAUCCUGGGUUCCGGGAAUUCGCAUCUGCGGUCAUCUUCCCACGAUGUCUUCUCUACGAAGACAACAACACUUUCUGCUCUUCAUCUCUACACGGAGACAACAAGACCUCGUGCAUUACGCAACUGGUACCAUGCCGCUCUUGGUGUGAGGAAGUCCUCCACAUGGCUGAUGACCGGUUGAAGAACCGGUUCCCUACCUGUGACCUGUUUCCGUCACCACCGCACGCCUGUUGGAACCCUGAACCAGAGACGAAGAACAAUGAAGUUUGCUACCAUGGCAGCGGCAUAAACUACCGCGGUGCAUGGAGUAAAACUGCUUCCGGGGUAGAAUGUGUGGAGUGGUCCACUGCGCAGGCCGGUUUCUACAAGACCGAGUAUCCCUGGGCUAACCUGGAGAACAACUACUGCCGCAACCCUACCGGUCACGAGCGGCCAUUUUGUCUGGUGGAAGAUGGCAGCCAGGAGGAGUGUGACGUCAUUCCGUGCAACGUUGUCGGCUGCUGGGACUUGGGUCCUCCAAACUACGGAAAGAGAAUUCCUGUCAAAAGGUUCUACAACGUGGGAGAAAAGGUGGCGUACACCUGCGACGUGGGGUACUCCCUGGAGAACGGGUCUUACAGCGACAUGAGGUGUACUGAAGGAGGGAUCUGGGAACCUGAUGACAAGCCCAGCUGUUCAGUGGAUAUCAGGGGGAAGCUGGAAGAGGAUCUGUUCGUCGUGUACAGCCCAAACCAGGCACCUAAGACUGAGAACCGAUCCCUGUCCGUCAUCAGUUUCAAAGGCUCUGUGGAACAGAUCGUCGACCUGGACGAAAAACGAGAGCUGCUGAUUGCUGCUGUAGUCAUUGACUUCACCUGGCAGGACAGCCGGCUGAAAUGGGAGCCAGAGUACUACAGGAACAUCGAGACCAUCAGCGUCCCGGGCAGCAGCAUUUGGAUCCCUACACUUACUCUGAAGAGGAAUGCUGAUCCUUCGUACCCGGGACUGCCGAAGGACGUACCGCUUCUGAUCACCAUUGACGGUACGGUAACAUGGAGGGUGGAGACUCUGACCAGCACCAUCUGUGAUGCAGACCCGUUCCUCUUCCCUGCCGACACCAUGGAAUGCCACAUCUGUUUCUCUGUGUCCUCUGCGAUCAGGCACACCAUCGAAUGCGGAGGGGAAAGUACCUGUGACGUCUGGUCUCCAACUCAACAGGAGGGCGAAUGGAAGCGGAAGGACAAGAUCUUCACAGAAGGCAACAAGACGGCGUGCUUCGCUGUUCAUCUUAAGAGGAUCCCGCUGUUCCACAUCGCCACGACUGUUGCCCCCUGCGUCAUCUUGGCGGUGCUGAUGACCAUCACCUUCGUCAUGCCCAUAGACAAGGGAGACCGGAUCUCCUUCGGAGUGACCAUCCUGCUCUCCAUGGUCGUGUCUCUCGUGUUUGUCACGGAUGUACUUCCUGUGAAAGGGGCGCUACCAUUUUUCGCAUCGCUGAUCGUCGUGUACAUGGCGAUGAUGGGACUUUUCCUGUUCUUCACCAUCUACAUCAUCACCCUCCACGACAAGGAGGGGGGCCUGUCUCCAAUGGCGAAGACUUUCUUCCUCCGCUACAUGGCAGGGUUCCUGCUUCUCGGAGACCUUACAGAGAAGGAGGCUGCGAGCGACGAUGGAGAGACAGGUCAUACCGGCGGGAAGCUGGCCUGGCCUAAGCGGACCAACCGCGUGGCCCCUGCCGAUGGCGUGGCGGAGGCCAACGUAGAGACCCCCGCUGAUGUCUCCGGGACACCCUGCCAGCCGUCCGGCCCGCCCAGCCGCCUGGAGGCCGCCAUGACCUCUGGCUUCAGUAACCUGAUCCACAGCGUGGAGGAGCUGACCAAGGCGGUGAAGAACGAGCCGGAGGUGUCCGAUUACACCCUGCUGACCAAGGUCCUGGACAGACUGUGCCUUGUCCUGUACGUCAUCAGCGUUGCCGUGGCCGUGCCCAUGACCAUGUAUCUGACCAAGUAAUUAUAAAGAGAGAAUACAGACACAGUGUACAUCCAUACAUGGAUUGAAAUGUGUUGUUUUUUGUGGAGUUAUGCAGAAUUUCCCCCCUUUUUUGACAAACAAUGUAUAGUUUUGGCUCCUAUGCCUUUGUACUAAAACCAAAUUACCUGAAAUUUGGUGUGAAGGUGCCCACAGGACUCUAUCACACGUUAAAGCUGUUAAGGAUGGUAUUUUUGCCGUUUUUGACCAAAAAUGAAUAUUUUUGGUACAUUUGCCACAAAAAAAGCAGAUUGAUCUGAAAUUUGGUAUGGGAGUAGAUUUAGCACAAGGAAUGGGAAAGUGGUUAAUGAUGCAUAGAUAAGGGUGUUAUGGAGGAGUCCAUUCUAGUAUGGGGGCAACUUUUUUUAAACCAAUUUUGCAGUGGGAUGAUGUUUUAAGUAGGUCAAAGAGAUGGAUUGAAAUAUGGUGUAUUUGCUUAUGAGCAAAUGUCGGCCUUUCUAGUUAUAAACUGAAUUGGAUAACAUAUUAAAUGUUUUGUCAAUCCGAAUAUUUUUGAUCUUGACAAAAAAUUCUACUGCUCCUGACUUUGAGUACCUUUAAUGUUUAUUUAUCUUUAUAUUCGUCCAACUAGGAAGAGCAUGUGGCCGUCGGGUGUUUUCAGUGUGUCCUGGGGUUGACCCCAAACAUAGAUAAGGACCCAAAAAAGAGUGACCUUCUUGUGAAUACCUUGCGUUUUCUUCAGAAAAAAAAUCGUCGUAUUACAUAGACUCUUGUUCCAUUUAUAUCUUCUGUCACUUCAAGUAUCGAUCCGUUGUGUAAACACACCCACACAACCCUGGAGCCAAACUGUGACAGCUUUACUUACAUUCUUGGUAAUGGUACAGCUUGGAAGAAACUACGCAUGUACAGCCUGGGAUGCCUAACUAGCCAACAGCUUGGAAGGAACUACAUGUACAGCCUGGGAUGCCAAACUAGCCAGCAGCUUGGAAGGAACUACAUGUACAGCCUGGGAUGCCUAACUAGCCAACAGCUUGGAAGGAACUACAUGUACAGCCUGGGAUGCCUAACUAGCCAACAGCUUGGAAGGAACUACAUGUACAGCCUGGGAUGCCUAACUAGCCGAUGGCUAUUGCAAACGGCUAGGCCUACUGACAAAGACCAACAGAAAACAUCCAGCUGUUGCAUUUU